AUGAUGAAGAGGUGUUGUGCAAAGAGGGAGGGGUUGAAACUGUUUGAUGGGUCGAAAAUGCCAUCUGUUGUUAAGAUGAUUGAGAGGGGAGAGAAGCAGGUUAGCAAUAUGAGGUUGAUUCAAGCAGACUUGCAUGAGUUUGAGGUGGAUUAUGAUGGAGAUACAUUUGUUGUGAAUCUUGAGACGAAGACUUGUGGAUGUUAUAGGUGGACAUUAAUGGGAAUACCUUGUUGGCAUGCACUGGCUUGUAUAGCCCAAAGGAGGUUGAAUUAUGAAGAUUUUGUGCAUCCGGCAUACCACGUAAAGACAUAUGCUGCCACCUAUGCACCCCACUUUUUCCCUAUGAUAGGAGAGAAACAGUGGGACAAAUCAACACUACCACAACCACUGCCUCCACCAUUCAGAGUGAUGCCUGGAAGGCCUUCACAGAAAAAGAGGAAGAAAGAGUUUGGUGAAUAG